CACUACAGAUUUAUAAUUUUGUUGUUCAAAAACAUUGUGAGUUGUAUUUCGUUUUGAGGGAUCCCAUACUUUAUUAUUUUGGAACAAUAUUCAAAGGAAACCAAAUCCCGGCCCAACAAAACCAGGGGUCCAUUUUUAUGUAUGUAUUUCUCUCUUUUUUGUACGCCACGUACGGAAAUAUGUUACGGAAGUUUGCGUGUAUUUGGUAAUAUAUAUGCAUUUCAUGCAGAAAAAGAAAAUCAAUGUUUUUGUGACGUAGAAAUGCGGUAUUUGAACAGCAGCCUCCCUGCCCCCUACCAGGCGCUCCAUUAGGACUUGUUCGGUUAAUCCUCUCCCCAAGAGGAUUGGAGAGGAUUUGCAAGGAUUGGUUCGUAUUUUGACUUGUAAGAGGUUUAAAUCCCCCUCAAACCCCUUCAAUCCACUUAGAUCCACACACAACCGAACAAGGCCUUAGGCAUUUUCGGCGUAACUUCCUCAUACGUACUCUGUUUUGGUAGAAUGAGCUCUUUGUUGGGUGUGGCAGGUAAAGUAGAAGUGGGUGAGGCUGUAACAACUAUCAAGAUCAAUGGUGUUGCUUGCCCAUGGAGGCAUGGUCUGUGUCUCUGUGAGCUCCUUUGGUUAGACAGACAUAGGGAGGAGUAGCUUGUCUUGUCGCCCCCCAACCCAAUCCCUUUAUAUCUGUGGUAGCUAGUCCAUGAUGCCACAAGCAAGCGUGGCCAUAAAUUCAGAGGUUUUUUUUUCUCUUUUGGAAGAGAAAAAUUUAGAGGUUGAGAGAACAUUUGGGCCAGAAAUUUCAUGACAGGAAAGCGGUGUGAGACGGGACACGUCUGUGGAGCAGCCGACAGCGACGUGGAGGAGGAAGAAGAUGAACAAGACAGCCGUACAAAUGACCGCCUCUUUUCUGUUCUUACCACCUCCAGCUCCAGCUCCAUCGUUUUACCGCUUGUUACUGCUACCUCCGUUCCGUGGUGGUCAUGGCGGCUUGCCUCUCCCCCACGCUCCCUCGCCAGGCCAUCCACCGUCGCCGGUGCUGGACCCCCAAGCCUUCCUCCCCCCCCUCCACGGCCACCUACAACCAGCGCCACCGCUGCCGGAACAUCGGAACUAGCUCCGGCGCCAUCUCUGCCCGCGCCUCCCCUGCGGCCCCUGUCACCCAGGGCCUUGACGCCGAUGAUUUCCGCCACCCGCUCGACAAGCAGAACACUUUGCUGCUCAAAGCAAUUCCAGGGCUCAAUGAUAUAGGCAAGGCUUUGCUAGGGCCGGUUUCUGAGCAAGUUAUGGUUCUUCAAAACAUCGGAUCGUCCGUUCUCGUCUCUGAAAACCAGUUGCCUGAACUUCACCAGCUUAUGACCGAAGCUGCGAAAAUCCUGAACACGGAAGCACCCGACUUCUACAUACGGCAAAACCCUGUCCCUAAUGCUUACACCUUGGCGAUAAAUGGGAAAAGGCCGUUCGUCGUCGUCCACACGAGCCUCGUGGAGCUGCUCACUAGAAAGGAAUUGCAGGCUGUUUUGGCACAUGAGCUGGGUCACCUCAAGUGCGAUCAUGGAGUCUGGCUUACCUUUGCCAACAUACUAACAAUGGGGGCAUACACUGUCCCUGGUUUGGGUAUGGUUGCCGGGUUCCUUGAAGAACAGCUGUUCAGGUGGCUGCGAGCCGCGGAGCUGACCUGCGACAGGGCGGCUCUUCUCGUAGUACAGGACCCCAAGGUUGUCAUCUCAGUCCUGAUGAAGCUCGCGGGAGGAUGCCCGUCCCUGUCGGACCAGCUCAACGUGGACGCCUUCCUGGAGCAAGCCCGCUCCUACGACAAGGCCUCGUCGAACCCGGUCGGGUGGUACAUCCGGAACGCUCAGACGAGGGAGCUGUCGCACCCUCUGCCCGUGAUGCGAGCCCGCGAGAUGGACGAGUGGUCGCGGAGCCAGGAGUACAGGACCCUGUUGCAAAAAAUGUUUCGUCUAUCCACUCUUCGUUGUGUGGUGAUGGACAUCGAGGGCACCACCACCCCCAUCUCCUUCGUCGCCGACGUGCUCUUCCCCUACGCGCGCGCCAACGCCCGUGCCCACCUCGCCGCCACAUACCACACCCAGCAGACCCGGGAAGAUGUCGCCCUACUCCGCGCACAAAUCGACGAGGAUCUGGCAGAGGGGGUCACCGGCGCCGUCGCACUCCCACCGCCCGACGACAUCGACCAGGACAAGACCAUCGAUGGCCUGGUGGCCAACGUGCAGGCCAUGAUCGACGCGGACCGGAAGCUCACGGCGCUCAAGCAGCUGCAGGGCCGCGUGUGGCGGCGGGGCUUCGAGAGCGGCGAGAUCAAGGGGGAAGUCUACGACGACGUCGUCCAAGCUCUCGCGGAGUGGGACGCGAAUGGCAUCAAGAGCUACAUCUACUCCAGUGGCAGCAGGGAGGCGCAGCGGCUCAUCUUCGGCAACACCGCCGCCCACGGUGACCUCCGGCGAUACCUCUCCGCCUUCUUCGACACCAACGUCGGUGGCAAGAAAGAGUCUCGCAGUUACUACGAGAUCUGGCAGACUCUCGGCGUCGACAGCCCGUCCCAGAUACUCUUCCUGACCGAUGUCUACCAAGAAGCCACCGCCGCAAGGGAUGCAGGUCUUGAGGUGCUAAUAUCGAUCAGGCCUGGAAACGCGCCGCUUCCUGAGGAUCACGGCUUCCAGACCAUCACGUCGUUUGCUCAAAUCGCCACCUGAAUGCCACAGAGAGCUCACCCCUGCCAUAUGUGCACAAGAGUAUCAUUUAUAAAGGGAAACCAUCUGAUCUCAAAGCUCUCUUUUUUUUACCGUGUACACUAGAGCAGUUGCAACUCAUUAAGUUGCAACCACAAGAGUCGGUACAAUUGUCUCAAGCCCUUGUGUAAAACCAUGACUCGCUAUCAGCAGGUUUCCUAAAAGCAAACACAUGUGGGUAUUUUA